AUGUUCGUCGCCAAGGUCCUCGCUGGCUCGUAUGCUGAAGGCAAGUUCAGUUAUCAAAGACCACCUUCAAAGAAUCCCGGGAAUCCCGCAAGUGAUCUGUACGAUUCAUGUGUGGAUAACAUGUCCUCUCCAUCCAUUUUCGUCAUUUUUCAAAAUGACCAGUUGUACCCUGAGUACAUAAUCGAGUACUCCACAGCUCGAGGCGCCUCACUAGCAGAUGUGGUAGUGGCAACGAAAGCUUUCAUAGAUUUUGCCAGCCUAGUUUUUGGAAAACGUAAUAGUUCAGUUUCGAAUUAAAAAUUACCUCUAAAUACAAACAUUUAGGACACAUUCAUACAGGUUUAACCUCACAUAAAGUAAAAUAUUCAGAAAUUCCGGCAAGUAAGUGUUUCAAAUUUGAAUAUAAACAAUAGACAGGGUAAUAAACCGGUCUUUUUCUCGUUGGAAUUUGUGAAUUUAUUACUUUAGAUGGAGGCGGCUAAGCCUGUAAAAAAUGCGUCUUCAUUUCUUUAAUUCAGCGGUCAUAGCGAAUUCGAAACUGGACUAUUAGUCAUAACGAGCAGGAUUUUCAUCUAUGUUCCAAAAAUAACACUGCUAGCAUUUAUUUGCCUUUUUCUCUAGUUUUGCAGCACAAACUGUCAUUUGUUAAACAUGCAACCAUAUCUUUUUUUUGGCCUAAAGAUAAGCGCUGCAGACAAAUUUUAUUCAUAAGCAACAAAGUAAAUUCUUUGUCUACUUAUUGUCACAAGGACCUGAGACCCAGUCUUGACCCCAGAGCUCUUCUCGGCGCAUGACGGCCAGGGAGGAAGAGCUCUGGGGAACCCUGGAGCAAGAUUGUGUCUGGUUGGUUUCAGCAAAAAACAAUAA